AAGUCUGAGACAGAAAAAUUUGUUUUUAAUUUAUUUUUAUAUCUAUGUUACAUAUUUGAAGCUGUUUUACAGAAUUCUUAGACAUGGAUGAAAAAUACUUAGAGUGCUCACACAGACGAGUAGAGAAACACCGCAGGGACCGAAUCAACCAAUGUCUUGUGGACCUCUCUCGCUCAGUGCUUGUUGAGUUCUCCAGAAAGGCACCUGGAAAGCUCGAGAAGGCAGAGAUUCUAGAGACCACUGUCUUGUACCUGAGGGCGCUAGAGGCGAAGCGAGCUGAGAGUCAGACCGUCAAUAGAGACUUCGCCAAUGCCUUCUAUGACGGGUACACAGAAUGUAUGGAAGUUGUCCAGCAGUUUUUGGACGCUUACUUCGGCCCAUGUAAGCACGAGAGGUGUAGUGGACUAGUCGACUACCUGAACUCCAGGUACUCAGAGAAAUGCCUGCAGUCUUCCUGUCAGUACUUUACCGGUGAGACAGGUACCCUGCAGAGAUUUGACAGACCACAGACAGACAGUGCUAGACUGAUGCCGGGCGUGAUGGGCAGUCAACAGAGUCAGACACCAACGUCUCGGUCCCACAAGCUCUCGAGACGGUCGUGGGAGGAAGAGUUCUUUGCCUUGAAACAAACUUUAAAGAGGAAACUUUCUUACUAG